AUGGAAGAAAAAUUUCAACAUAUAAAAAAUGAAACUGACAUUUCUAUAAAGCAAAAAGAUGAAAAAAUUAAUUCUUUGGAAGUAGAAAUUAAAAAGAUUGGUGAUUUAACAAUUAAAUUAAAUAAUGUGAUUUUUAAAAAUGUGGAAUUUAUUAAAGUUAAAAAUAAAUGGAGUGAAAUUGAAAAUAGCUACAAAUGUUGUUCAAAUAAUUGUAUAAAUACAAAAAUACCUAUUGGUAAUUGUGUUGAAGGAUAUGGAUUUGGAAAUUUAAUUAAUGAUGAAAAUAUUAAAUAUUUGGUGGGGAAAGGAAGUUGCAAUAAAUUUGUUGUAGUUUCUGCUGAAAACUCAUUUAACAAACCACAAAAUUGUUUAAAUUAUUCUUUAUUUUAUUUUGAAAUUAAAUGCAAAUUUGAAGGAGAGUUAAAUAUUGACAAAACACGUAUGAAUAUUGGUCUUAAAAAUUGUAGUACAGAUAAAUACAUUCUGUGUCUUGCAAAGGCUGCUAAAAUUAUAAAUGAGAAAGAUGGAGAAUUUAAACUUAAAACAAAUUUCAAUGAUAACGAUAUUUUUGGUUGUGGAUUAGUUUUUCCUCCAACUAACAAAAUAAAUAAAUAUCCUUAUGCUUUCUUCACACAAAAUGGAAAACAAAUAAGUAAAUAUUUAAUAAAAAAUAAUUUCACAAAAAUUGUUUUUUUAGGCAAAGGUGUAUUAUCUAAGUACAAUUCUGAUUUAUAUAAACCAUAUGUUGAACUGGUUUGCUGUUCAGUUGAAACAAACUUUGGAAAUGAUUUGGAAACAAAACCAUUUAAAUAUGACAUUCCGAGACAUUUUAUUCUGAAAGAAUUUUAUUAA